UCGUAGUGCAGGUUUGUUUUCUUAAAAUGCAGGUUCUUCACUUGUGCUGAGGUUUGUGCCGGGGAGGGACGCCGACACGCGUGGAUCGGACGAAACUCGGAAUAAAUCGGAAAUCCGGCCCACCUCGCUGGAGACGUUCCUGUCACUUUUGCUCGAAGCUUUCGUGUUGUUGACCAUGAUGUCCUCCAAAUCCUCCCGACGACUAUUGUGGCUGUGUUAUCUAGUUCUGCUGUGCUUGUGUCAUGUAGUAGCACCGGCCGAAGCGGCGACCGUGAGAGGUAGCUCUUCGACGUACAACAACAAUCAGCAGAAGCAUAGUAGUACACCUACGGAGCAACAACAGCAACAGCGGAGAGCCAUGAGAAUCGGCGCCGUCGAUAUCGCAAUCAUCCUCAAAACUACUAUAUGCAGCAAGAAGAUCAGGAACAAAAAAGACGGAAACGAACACGACAAGCGGAUGCAACGUUGUCUGAUGUGUUUCUGUGUCUUUGUUUCUCCUUGGGGUGGGCCAUGUUCUUUUUGAAUUCCUUUCUCAACACGGAUUUGAUGCGAUUCAGUGAGGGUGAAUCGGUGGUGGUCCAUGGCAAUGUCAGGGAGGUCAGCAUUGAAGAUGAUCAAGAUGGGUCGGGAGUGCCGCAGUAUUUUGCCAUUAUUGACUACUUUAUCAACCGCGAUGCGUCCCGCAUUCAAGUGAGAAAAGCCUUUCAGACGCAGCAUUUACUCCAGCAAGGAUUUGCCAAUGUCGAAUUGCUAGUCUUGCCCGAAGAACCGACAUCCUCGGUCUUGAAAGAGGAUUGGGAGAGGGAGCUGGCGGCACAAGAGCAAGCGGAGGAAGACAUUAUCAGCAUUGGAGGAUUCGGUGACUUUGGAGAUAUUGGAGGAUUUGGCGACAUGGGAAGUACUGUCAAUGGUGCGGGAGAUAUCACUCCGGGGGCUUCGGAGAAAAAUGGAAAACCAGCCAUCAUAUUGUCGCGUGUGGAUGUAUUGGCCAAGCGAGCCUCACUGGUCUUAUCUGGGAUCCUGGUAACAGCAUCGUUGAUUGGGGCAGUACAAGCAGUGCACCGGAUACCCACCGAACCCAUGCAAAGUAUCGGCUGGGUAUCUGUCACAUUGGGAUCGGUCUUGCUUUGGCCCCUGGCCAUGUUUUGCUUGCGCAUUGUAUCCACGUGUCAACGCCUCUGGCGACUUCCCACGGAAAAGUCGGGCAUUAUCUUAAAGUGCGACACCAACGCACAAAUUGGUGCCGCCAUCAAUGAAGACAAGAUGACAUAUACACAAUACGUAGGCGACAAUCAUGGAAACAUUUCCGCUCGUCACGUUGAUCGAGUGACGCAUCCAGAAUUGUUUGAAAUGCUCAAGAAUCACAACAAGCAACACGAUGUGACGACAAUCGGCAAUCCACAUGAAGCUGCGACACCCCGAAACAGCAAUCACACUCUCCUCAACGCCAGUGCGGACGAUUCCGCUUGCUACUUUGUCAAGUUACCAGGUCAAAAAGACCAGGCGGGGUCGGACAUGGUACGGCUCGACGAUUCCUCCAUGUCCACAAUAUCUGCCAAUUCGCAAGUGUCUCAGAGCAAGCGCAUCUCCGAAUCUACCACGUGAUUAUUGAGGACAACGGUACAGUACGGCAAUUUAGUGACGGGGUACAAGUCAAUAACGAGCGCCUAUCUCGUGUCGUCAUUUAGAGGUGCAGACAGGCUAUAGCGCCGAGCUCCAAAACAUAGCUCUGCUUAUAAAAAGCUUACACUAUCUUUCCCAUUC